GAAAUUCAGUGUAUAUUACCUGCUACCUGAUAUUUUAUACUAGAUGACUUUUGUGUUUUGAAAUGAUGGAAGAAAUGAGUCUAUCUGAAAAUCAUAAAAUUGAAGAAAUCAUUUAGUAACGAUUUUCUUGUGAAAGUAACUUUGGAACAUUGUAUCAACAGAGUUGAAACUUGAGAAUAUGAAGAAGAAAUUGAUAACCCUAUGUGUAGAUGUGGAAGUGGAUCUAUCAACUUUCAGAGAAAAAUGGCAAAGUGAAUUAUCUUCUAGAUCCUCAGAGGUAAAAAAAUCAAGUUCUAGAUCAAAUAAAAACGAUGGAUUGACAAAAGUUGAUGAAGGUGACAACAUUGAAACUAGAGCUAGAAACUUAUACCUCAAAGGCAUUGAAAUGGAAAAGUUGGGUGAAAUAUAUGAAGCUUUACGGUACUAUCGAGGAGCUGUUCAACUUGUUCCUGAUAUAGAAUUCAAGUUGUAUAAUAAGUCCAAGCACAAAUCUGAUGAUGACCUUGUCGAUGUAGAAGUAAACGAAGAGCAAGCAGAGGAUGAUGGUAGUGAUAGCAGUAAUACUGGUGAUGAUGAUGAUGAUCCAAUUGAAGAUGGAGAAUUACUACCACGGAUACAAAAAAAAUUCAGUCGUAAACCCACAUUAUGUACUCCAAAAUUUGAAAGAGAUACAACGCACAUUAGUCAACUUCCUGUUGAAAUCAUUCUCUUGAUUUUGAAGUGGGUUAUAUCUGAACAUUUGGAUCUGAGGUCAUUAGAAAACUUUUCAUCCGUCUGUAGGGGGUUCUAUUUAUGUGCCAGAGAUCCAGAAUUAUGGAGAUUAGCGUGUCUACGAAUAUGGAAAUUUAAUUGUGGUUCAUCCCCCGAUAAUUAUAAAUCAUGGCGAACUAUGUUCAUUGAAAGACCAAGAGUACUAUUUGAUGGUUGUUACAUAAGCAAGACCACCUAUAUUCGAAAUGGGGAAAAUGUAUUCCAGGAUCAGUUUUAUCGUCCUUGGUAUUUGGUUGCUUACUACAGAUAUUUAAGGUUCUUUCCUGAUGGCACAGUGUUGAUGCUAACAUCAUCAGAUGAACCAGUGCAGUGUAUUAAUUUGAUGAAAUCGAAAAUUGCUCGUCAUCCUGUAAUGACAGGGUUUUAUAGACUCAAAAACGAAACUGUGACAAUAGUAGUUCAGAAGCAGGAUAAUAAAAUAUCGCCUCAAGGGAUGAAAAAAAUGAUGAAACUCAAAUCAGAACAAACUCAUCAUCUGGAAUUUCAAAUAAAGGCAAGAAGAAGGAAACAUAUUCAGUUGACUUGGAGUCGUCACUCUGUAUUCACUAAAUCGAAAAAAGGCGAUGAGAGUACAUGCAGCUUUGAACUUAAUGAUAACCGAUAUCCUCCGUUAAUAUUUUCCCGAGUGAAAAGUUUCACAGCAACCACUGAGAGUCCUCUCUCCUAAGGAGCAUACGUAAUGUUACAAGGAAGUAACUGAGCAUAUUAGUGAAAUUGAAAAUAUUUCAAUAUUGUUGACUUUGACUUUUGCCGUGGUCUGUAGGUUUUUACGCCUGACGUUUCGUAUACUACUGCGGCAGACAUCAGAGGCGAUGUUGUAGCUAGAGUUGGUGCUAGAGUUGUUGUUCCCGUUGGCUCCAACGCAGAACGAACGGAAACAACGCAGUUUUCACGGCCAAAAAACCCGGAAAAUAGCUACACACACUUAUCAUAGGGCGUGAAAGUACACAUUAUUGGAUUUCAAGAAACUGAGAAACUAAGAAUUUUCAUUUCAUUUUUUUGAUACAGUGAACGAUCAUACAUAUUUUCGAUUUUACUGAUGUGUCUCAAAAUAUGUGAUAGUGUAUAUAUAUAUUUUAUCGAAAUGUCAAGGUUUGUUGAAACAUUUUUGCAAAUAAUAAUAAGUUUAUAUAAUAUGUUUUCAAUUCACAUGUAAUAUAGCAUUAUUU